AUGAUUUCUACCAUCAUGCUUCUGGGCGUCUUGGGUCUGAUAACACAAGCGGACAUGCUACCUGUUCAGAAUUCAACCGAGAUCCAAGAGAGCAAAGCAAGAUUAAAGAGGAAAUACUCUGAUGAACUGCCAGAUUUUGAUGAAAUGACUGCAAUGGAUCAAAUCUUUGAAGUCAACAGCAGACUGAGAACCCCCAGAGGUCUGUCCUUCAAAGAGGGAGACAUUGCCUUCUCUUAUGUACGGAGUGCCAUAAACUGCCCAGGGAACGCCUGUCUGUGGCCUAAAUCAGUCGAUGGAUUUGUUUAUGUGCCCUUCAUCAUGUCUCCUCUAUACGAUGACAUGGACAGAAUUACCAUAGAAACAGGGAUGCAGGACAUUUCUGCUGGAUCAUGCAUUAAGUUUGUUCCUCGCACUCAUGAAGCAAACUUCCUCGAUAUCCAGCCUAGAUAUGGCUGCUGGUCAUUUCUGGGGCAGACCGGAGGGAAUCAGGUCCUGUCACUGCAGACUCCUGGGUGCAUGUGGUCAGGGAUCGCUGCUCACGAGUUCAUGCACGCCCUUGGAUUUGUGCACGAGCAGUCCCGCUCAGAUCGAGACCACUACGUCACCAUUGUAUGGAAAAACAUCAUGCCAGAGCACAUUCAUAACUUUAGGAAACAGGUCACAAAUAAUCUCAACAGCCCGUAUGACUAUAGCUCUGUCAUGCAUUAUGGACGAUACGCCUUCUCUGAAGAUGGUGGACCAACUAUCAUCCCCAAACCUGACCCUUACAUUCCCAUUGGCCAACGGGAUGGACCCAGUGCACUUGAUCUUCAUAAAAUAAAUACCCUGUAUGGCUGCGGUGAGCAACAGCAACAGCAAAACUAA